AACAGGCUCAGCGAUCCUCCCCCUGAUGGAUUAUUUAACAGGCGCUCAGUCCCAUGUCGCCAUCUGCCAGAGGAGGAAAAAUACUCUCUGAAGCACAAGAUACGGGUUACUGGAAAACAAAGUGGCCGAAGGAAUAUAUUACUCUAAACUGGGCAGUUUAGUUCUUCCUCCGUCCUACAGGAAGUUGGGCAGACAGGACACGGGUCGGUUUGUAAUUGCAGUGACUUGUUGUCAUGGAUCCAGAGAGAAAUGUAGUCCUAAAUGCAAUUAAUUUCGCUCUCCAAAUACUGAGUGGAUAUUCACGGUGAACGCGACGGAUUCAAGUGCACCGGAGGUGGGAAGGAGGGGUGGGGCGGUUGUCCAGCCUGUUGCAGCCAUGGUGGUCGAAGGAGAGAGGACGCUGCUGGCUGCAAGGCAGGGGGACCUGCAAACUCUUAAAGUGCAAUUAGCUGCAAAGGUGCUCACCAGGGACGUGAAGGAUGCGCUGGGGGCGUCCCCUGCCCACCACGCAGCCCGGGCGGGUAAACUGGCUUGUUUGCGGUUCCUAGUGGAGGAGGCCGGACUGCCGGGUCACUGUCUGGCCAACAAUGGGGCAAGUCCGGCACACGAUGCGGCAGCCACUGGCAACCUAGCGUGCUUACAGUGGCUGCUGACCCAGGGUGGAUGUCGGCCAGAGGACAAGGACAGUUCUGGCGCCACCGUUCUCCAUCUUGCCUCACGUUUCAGUCAUCACGAGAUCACCGACUGGCUGCUCAAGAGUGGCGAGACGGAUCCCGGGGCCCCCACAGACACAGGGGCCCUACCUGUUCACUAUGCUGCUGCCAAGGGAGACUUGCCCUCGCUCCGACUGUUACUGGGGCACAGCCCAAAUUUUGUCAACUCCCAAACUAAGAAUGGUGCCACACCGCUCUACCUGGCUUGUCAGGAGGGCCAUUUGGAGGUCAUCCAGUACCUGGUCAAAGACUGUGGAGCUGACCCACUCAUAAGGGCCAAUGACGGGAUGACACCCCUGCAUGCUGCUUCCCAAAUGGGCCACAACACUGUCAUUGUCUGGCUGAUGAGUUUCACUGAGAUCAGCCUGAUGGACAAGGACAGCGAUGGGGCCACAGCCAUGCACUUCGCUGCGAGUCGCGGCCAUGCAAAGGUACUCAGCUGGUUGCUGCUGCAUGGGGGCGAGAUUGUCACCGACAACUGGGGAGGGUCCCCUCUUCAUGAUGCUGCAGAGAACGGUGAACUGGAGUGCUGUCAGAUCCUGGUGGUCAAUGGGGUGGAUCUGGGAAUCAGGGACCAGGAUGGUUUCACAGGGGCUGACCUGGCUGAAUACAACGGUCACUUCCAGUGUGCCAAGUAUUUGCGCACUGUCGAGAACAUGAGUGUGGAGCAUCGUGUUUUGUCUCGGGACCCCUCACUAGACCUUGAGUACAAACAACCGGAGACCAAGCUGCCCGAUUCUGGGCUCUCAUCCCCAAACACCACCAUGCCCCCUGCCGGCCAAGUGUCUCAAUUCGACAUUAGCUCCCCGCCCAGCUCCUUGUCCAACUAUGACUCAGCCAACUCUAGCCAGUCCAGCACCGGGGAGAAGAGGAGCAGCUUAACCUUGUCCAGAUGCCCACAGCUGAACACAGUGGCACACACAGGUGCCUCAGAGACAACCAUUUCUGAUAUGCAGACAUACAUGGACAUGCUAAACCCAGACAUAGACCCUGACAGGCCCAAGAAAGAUAAGUCAGAUUCUGCUUCGAUGCCACCGCCGCCACCCGCAUAUCCACCGCCACCUCCGCCGCAUUCUCCCCCGCUCCCUCCUCCGCCCCCGAGCUACCCUGCACCUCAACCCCCCCAGGAGCCAUCGUCAGCAGAGUUUUUGAAGGUGAAAAGCAACUUGCGUCACGUGGAGGGCAACAGCAAAAAGAAGGAGCAGCUCACCGUGGGUGAAAACCACGACAAAUUGCGACGGGUGGACUCAAACAGAAAGUCGAGGAGCUUCAGUAAGCAGCCAAGUACUGGGGACUACUACAAGACCCUCGGGAGCGACACCACCGAGCUGCGUGAGAGCAAAGUCAUGGCACCAAAGGAGGAGGGCUCCGUGCUACUGGAGGAGCCUGCCGAUGGCACCAACACCACACCUGAAAAUGGUACCUCAGAGGAAACAGUUCUGGCACCUCCUCCUCCACCGCCGCCACCACCGCCGCCGCCACCUCUCCCAAGCAACCCAACACCAACGCCCCCACCACCGCCUCCGUUGCCAUCAGACACACAGACCAACCAGAAUGACUCGGCCAACAACAAACAGCGCCGCGCAUCUUCCUCAUCAGGAAGCGGGAGUCUUUCUCAGCAGAUGAAGAGUACAAAAUCUUUCAACAUGAUGUCCCCCACUGGUGACAAUUCCGAGCUACUGGCAGAAAUCAAAGCGGGAAAGAGCCUCAAGCCCACACCUCACAGCAAAGGCUAUACCACUGUCUUUUCCAACAGUGGACCAACAGGCAACAAUGGAAGUACUAUAUCUCCACCGGAGACACGUGCUUGUAGCCCACCACCCAAAAUGUCAUCUCCUCCCAUGUCCAAUGCCUCGGCCAUCUCUCCACCCACGACACCGAGUCCUGCCCCUAGUCCACCUGGUUCCGGAACGUCGAGGACCUUGUCAGACUCGGCCAGUUUCGAGCAACUUCCCAUAAAUUCAGUCAUCAACGGAAGCUGUGUUGCGGCUACAGCGGGAGCACAAACGGGGCGAAAGUCGAGCCUCGCAGAUGUUGAGGCACUGGUGCCCACUCAGGACGAGCAAGGAAAAGCUAUCCCCGAAUGGAAGCGGCAGGUGAUGGUACGAAAGCUUCAAGUCAAGAUGCAAGAGGAAGAAGAGCACAAACGCAAGGCUGAUGAAGAAGCAGCACGUCUGGCAUCCAUGCCCGCCUGGAGGAGAGACAUGAUGAAAAAAAAGAUGGACGAAGAGAGAUGUGACAGGGAACAGAAGAGAAAAGCGGAGGAGAAGGCCAAACAGGCCAAAGAGAUGGAGAAGAAGACAGAGCAGGAGCGACUAAGGACCCUGGGUUACGAUGAGACCAAGCUGGCCCCCUGGCAGCGACAGAUCAUCCUGAAGAAAGGGGACAUAGCCAAACAGUAAUCUGGCCUUCCAUAUUCAUCCUCCGCUGCUACAGCCCAUUACAUCAUCCUCUUCCAUCAUACCUGGCCUUCACUGAUUGCUUCUCUCCCCAAUGUCCAGUCACACAGGACCUUGCUGGGGUGACUCUCCUCCACCCAGUUUCAAAGUGUCAUGGAGAUAAAGCAUUAGUAUAGCUUUGGCAUGCACUGAUUGCCCACACAUAAGACCUCUUCUUUUAACUGCAUGUGUCCUUAAUUCCGAUGACUUGUAGCACCAACUUUAAUUCAUGUUGUUUUACUUAGAUAUGCUCAUGCAAACGGUGAGUGACAAACAAAAGGGGCUAUUUGGGAGCAUUCUUGCCACGGAAAUGGGGUCAAGAGCUGUUAUAUUUAUGUUUUGUACAGUAGCCACACUCGCCGUUAUGCAAACCAUGGUAAGUUAGCAGGUUUCUAUACUAAUCAACUAUUCUAUAUUAUUGCAAAAUUUUGGUAUAAAGGUCGUGAAGCGCAUUGUUUGGAAUUCAUUUCCGAUAUGACCAUAAAUGUUGUGUGCAUGUUGCAUAAUGCGUAUCAAGCAUAUGGUGAUACACUCUAUGGCCUACAGUAUACCUGACCCAGAUGUUCAGUAAAAACUAGGGGUGUCACAAAAUCUUGACAACAUGACAAAAUUUUCCAUUCAGAAAAGAAACCGUGUCCUGUGCACUAGGCCAGGGGCGAUAAUAAACUAAUCAAUUAAUCGGACAAUAAAUGAAAAUUAACUGGAUUAUUCUGUCGGCCUCCAUAUACAGUCUUGCCAUGUGUCUGUUUUCUUCGUCUCUUGCCUCCAAACAGGCGAGUUCACUCCAUAGAAUAACGGCAUGAACGGAGUGAGCCCUUUUCUCGGUCAUACAGUCUUGCUGGGAGGAGAAGGGGCCGGUAUCAUACACACAGUGCAGACGAGUGUAGCCUCAUAAGGAACAAUGCAAGGUAACAUUGUUGGAAAUUAAAUUAGUAGAUUGCAAUAUAUAAUUUUUUUUAAUUCAUUGCACUUUUCUUAAAAGUAAUGUUAAAAUCUCACCUUGUCUCAUUCUUUACACACAGUCUUGUGUAUCGUCUUGUCUCGUGACACCCCUAGUAAAAACACAAAGUCACUACAACGCUAUACACUAGCUUUCUAUUAGCACAGCAUUUCUUUUUUCAAAUGUAACACAAACUGUCACAAAUGUUUGCUGAUAUUAUGUCAGAUGUCCAGUAUGUUAUGGAGCCUACAGUCAUGCUAUCCAUGCUAUCAGCAAAAAACACAACAACUCUUGUAGUCAGUGGAGUCCUUUGGAAAUAACCAUUUGCUUUUAUCAGAUGCCAUAUGAUGUUGAAAUUGAAAAUGAUAUAAACGUCAUUGCCAUUUGAUUUUUCUAUACUGAUAAACUUUGUACAGUACAUGGGCACCCUAUAUGAACAUGAUCAUUUCAUUGUUUGCAUACUGCAUCUCAGCCUUGAUUGAAUAGAAUCAUGCAUAAUUAUGUCUUCAGACUGUUAAAAAAUGACAGGAAAUAAACCGUAAUGACCAA